GUUGUGCGACAUUCUCCCUUUGGCCACUUUCCAAUUACUUUUAUUUUCCUCUUCAUCAUUGGUCGCCUUGGAGGCCGCUCUCUUCCCGCGCGGGCACUCCGGGGGAGGGGCGGGCCUGACAGGGCAUUGCUAAGCGACAAAGACGCGCGCGGGGUCAGCCCGGUGAGGGAGCGGAGCUGGCGGAAGCGCUCAGGUAGCUGCGGGAUGGACCACAGUCUGCCAAUUUUCUCCAUCCAAGACAGCCCCUUUGAGGAUAGUCCCCUGGAUCAAAGCCACUACUGGCCGUCCCAAAGCCAGACCUGGCACCCCAAGACCCUGAGCCCAUCCAGGUCCCGGGGGUCCAGGCCCCCAGAAGCUCCCAAAGCUCUGGCCACAGGUCCCAACUCCUCUGAACUGUUUGAAGAGUCCUGGCCAUCCAGCUCAGGGACCCCUUCCCCACCCAGCACCACUGAAGGACAGAUGGGAGCCUCCCAACCACCCACCCUGGUUGACAGCAGGGAGUCCGUGGUGGCCAAGUACAUAAACCGGUUCCGCCAGGCUCAGCCCACAAGCCGAGAGGAACGCCAGCCUGCAGGCCCAACCCCAGCUGACUUUUGGUGGCUACGGCCUAAAUCUCCAGACACCCCCAGUCAACUUGCAGCAGCAGGAGCCAGUGAACCAGAAGGAAGACCCAACACAGCAGUCCCAACUCUUGCAAAGGUGGCCAGCGCAUCUCAGGCUAAGGCUGUGGCUCCCCUUGAGGAAAUGAAACAGAGCCUCAACACAUGGAACUCAUCCCUGCUGGACCUGGAGACACUGAGCCUACAGAGCAGAGCUGCCAGGCUGCUCAAACGCAGCAAGGCCUCCAUCUCCUCCUCCUCACUCAGCCCUAGCGAUACCAGCAGCUCCUCAUUCCCCGUCAGCUCUGAUGGCCUCUCUCCCUUCUCCGCGACCUUCACCCCUGACUCCAGCAAGGGCUCUGACCACAAGGCACAUGUAACACCAGCACCUGCCCCCAUCCCUGCUCCAGCCCCGGUCUCCUCCCAGGCACCCCUGCGUCCAGAGGAUGAUAUUCUGUACCAGUGGCGGCAGCGGCGGAAGCUUGAACGGGCUCGAGGAGGGCAGGGUGAUGGAACCUGGGUACUACCCCGGACUCCUUCCCUCACCACUCUAGUGAGACAGGGGAGGGAGGAGGCUGAGGGGGCUGGAGGGAGGGAUGCUAAGGGAAGUUGGAGGAAGGGGAAGCCAGAAGGGGACCGAAGAACCCUCUGUCCUUUCUCUCCCUCUCAGGUCCCUGCCCCCGUUUGUCUACAGGCCCUUCCUGCCCCUGCAGAGACCCUUGGCUCCCUGGGAACCCAGCCUACCUGUGUCCCACAUUGGGCCAGUGUGGCCCGAUCGGGGCCCCUGGAGGCCUUCUAUAUGGAGAGGCCUCCUAUUCCCCCAGGGUUCCCUCCACACAUCUUUUGGGGCCCCAGCCCCCAUGGGUUCUUCUGGGCCCCGCAGUCUGGUCCCUGCGUAUCUCUCGGGGCCAUUCCUCCCAUGCCCUGUACCCCUGCGCCUCCGGCUGCCACCUCGGCACCCGCAGCCUCCACCCUCCCGCCCCCAGCCGCCCCCCAGGAUCCACCCACUCCUGCUCCAAGCUGCCGGGCGCAGCCCGAGAAGCAGGGCCCCAAGCCUCGGAGUAGCGGAGGCCCGCGCCAGGAGUCCGCUGGGACAGUCGUGGCAGCUGACGAGGGGCCUGGCCCGCAGCUCAGAGGCGCCCUGGGCCAAGUAGUAUCCGCUCGGCUCUUCCCGGACAGCCUGGAGGACACGCCCCCUCACCUUGAGGGCCCACCUCUGCCCGAGGCUGAAUCUCUGAAAGUCAAGGCCACACACCCCCAAACCAAGAUUGCGCCACCUCGCUCAGAGGUCACUCCCCCUGUAUCUGGAUCACGAUUUCCCAGAGCACAGACUCCGCCAGGUCGGUCUAAAGCCGAGUCUCGGAAAGCCCAGGCCACGCGCCCCCUAGCGGUGUGGGAGCCUCGGAAAGACAAAGACACUCCCUUGGCUGAAGCUGGGUAUCCGCCGCCCAAGGUCCCGCCCCCUCCAGCUGAGGAGGCGUCCCCUGGCCCCGAGGCCCCGCCCCCUCCCUCCAAGGCGGAGCCUCUCGAGGAGGUGGCUACGCCCCGGUCCGCUGCUGAGCACGCCCCCUCAGGAGAUCUGCUCUGCCAGGCUGCCCGACUUCUGGAGGCGGCAGAAGGUGGGCUGAUGUGCGUGGCUGUCCGCAUCUGGAUGGCAGUCCAGCACCUUACGAGUCGACCUCCUGGCGCUCGCCUUUCUCCCCCUAGACUCCGACGGCAGCGAGUUCCAGGACGACCCGGUACUUCAGUUGCUAAGAAUUCAGAGGGCCGAGCUGAGACGGCAGAAAAGGUGACCAUCACCGGGAUCUACAACACCCCGUUCCCAGAGCCAUCCAUCAUCCCAGACCCCAAUCCUGAGCACAUAACCUCAGCCUCUACUACCCUGGCUUUUUUUGCAGGGAAGUGGACGCCCAACUAUCCCUCUUACUGUAGCACACUGAAGACUCAGGGACUUGGUCUCCUCUAACCAGGUCGCCCCCCAGGUCCCCAGGAAGGCGGCCGCAGAGGGGAGGAGCUUCUCUUGAGACCAGGUGGCGCUGAAUUGUACAACUUAUGUUUUUCCCAAUAAAAUUUUUUUCAUGUUA